UGGUCGCUGGGAUGGAGCGACUGCGCUCCAGCGAGCUGUUUAGCGCAUGAUCGUGCGUUUGGCCGGUGCGUGUGUGGGAUGCUGCUGUAGCUACAAGUCCUCGGCGUAAAAAAAGUGGACAGGUGAGGCGCACCGUGCUGAGUGAGGAAUUAAAAAGAGAGAGAGAGAGAAAAAAAACGCCCAAACACUGUGAUAGUACCUGGUGUGUGAGCGGACAGCUGCCACUGCCGCGCUCCGUAUCUGCAGCCGUGGAGGGCUUUCCCCCCUCCCGCUGUAAUAUUUAUGACAAAACGGAGGCGAAUUAUUCUGGUCACGUUUUUGGCUGACAGCCGGCUGUCCUGAAGAGCGCUGGAGUGAAUCGGGGUCCAGAGCUUGGAGAAAGCGCAGCGCACCGACACCUGCAGUAGGAUGUAAAGGGAAUUCCCACAAGCCAAACUGAUACAACCAUACAUCUGGCCACCAUCUUCAUCGCUGUCUCAUUGGAGCCAGAGGAAAGGAGGCAUAGAACAUGGUCUGGUGUGGGGGCUACUGUUGCUAUGUGUGAAGGACUGCUGUGGCAUCAAUGGAGACCGAAGGCUAUCGAGACCUCCUGGAGACCAGUGACGGUCAGGGGGUAGGCCUGCUGGAUGGAGGGGGAGAGGUGGGUGUGGAGGAGGGCUGGAGCACACCCUACCCUCUGGGCUUCCAGGUGUCUUUGACCACUGUGCUCAUGCUGGAGCUUGUGUUGGGCUUCAGCAGCAACCUGACCGUACUUGUGCUCUACUGUGCUCAGUCCAACCUGGUGGAUUCAGUCAGCAACCUGGUAACAGUCAACCUUCAUGUGCUCGACAUACUGGUCUGUGUGCUGUGUCUGCCACUGACUGUGGCUGUGAUCCUGCUACCAUCUAAUGAAAGUGGAGUGGGCAGCCUGGCGACACUCUGCUGCUUUCAUGAGGCCUGUGUCACAUUCACCAGUGUGGCCACAGCAGUAAAUGUGUUAGUAAUCAGUUUGGACCGAUACGACAUCUCAGUGCGUCCAGCCAGUCGCUUGCUGACCCCCAGGCGUGCUGCGCUGCUCCUGGCAGCGGUGUGGGCUGUAUCUCUGGCUGUUUUCUUCCUGCCCUUCCUCGAGGGGGACUUCUUCUCUUCAAGUGCUGAGGACAGUGAGGAUGAGGAGCCGCAAAGACGGAACAAUGACUCUGACCACACCACUGGAGUGACCCCCAUUUUUUCAUCCUUCUCACCGUCUUUAUUACCCUCCACUCAUCCCUCCUCCCCUUCACACCACCUGCCUCCAGUAUGGCAAAACAGGACACUGCUGUGUGUUGGAGGGCAGGGGUAUUACACAGGCCUGGCUAUGUAUUACCACUUGUUACUCCAAGUGCCCUGCUUCUUCAUCGCUGUGGCAGUUAUGUUGUUCACCUACUCCAGGAUCCUACAAGCCCUCAACAUCCGAAUUGGCUCUCACAUGAUGAGGAGUACACGUGCAAAAGACACCACCUGCAGGAUACGUUGCUUGAGGCAGAGGAAGAAGGACCUGAGCCUGCCCACAGAGGUAGUGUCCUCCAACCAGAACCAGAACCUCAACCAUCCCCCACUCAUCCCUUCUCCCACCCCUACACCAACAUCACCCCCACCACUCUCCUCAAUGCCCCAAGGGAUGUCUGACAGUGGAGCAACAGUAACUACUGUCAGUACUGCUGCCACCACCCCCAUUGCAACCACACCAGCCACCCCUGCUUCUCCAACCCCACCUUCAGUUUCAGCUCAGACCCACGCCAACACACCUCUGCCUGCCUCCUCCAUGGGUGUACAGGCCUCGGUUUCUGCUAUCAUUGCUUUGAGGCGGGCUGUGCGAAGGCACAGGGACCGUCGGGAACGUCAGCGCCGUGUCUUAAAAAUGUCCCUAAUCAUCAUUUCCACCUUCCUGGGCUGCUGGGCCCCUCUGUCUGCAGUCAACGUUCUGAUUCUGUGUAUGGGUCCCAGUGACAGCUUGGUCCGGCUCCGUCUGUGCUUCUUAGCGAUGGCAUAUGGAACCACUAUCUUUCAUCCUCUGCUCUACGCUUUCACCAGACAGAAACUGCGCCGUGCCCUCAAAACACGUGUUAAGAAAAGGGUUGUGUCGCUUCUGCAGGUAGACCCAUCCCCCAGUGGGGGGACAGUUAUUCAUAACUCUUGGGUGGAGGGAGGAGGUCAGAGAAAGAGUCGCAAGCCAAGGAUAGAGGCCAGUGAUGGCACUGAUCGAUGCCUCACAGAGGCAGUAAGGGAAUGAGGCUGGUCUUCAGAGUAUGCUUGCAUGUCUGAGUGUGUGUGUGAAGAAUUGUAUGUAUCUUACCAAGAUGAUGGAGAUGGAUUGGGUAUAUUUGUGCACAAGUGUGAGGAAAAAUGAGAACCAGUUAGUUUACAAAGGUCAGGACAAAUCCCAUGGCCUCUGGUUCCAUACAGACGUGGAGACAGGUGAGCCUUGAGCUCUAAUUAGAGCUUGCUUUCCACUCUCCUUACACAGGCUGUUAUUAGACCACUUCCUGACUGACAAGGUGGCCAGUGUGUCUCCUGGCAACACUAGCCACGCAUUAUGACAACACCAUAGCCAUGACUACUGAAAAUACUAGCGUACUCCCCACAUGUAGGGUAAGGGAUAAAUACCUGCAAAUCCAUACAGUACUAUAUUGCUCCUGCGUGCACUUUCAAUUUGCAUGUGCAUGUAAAUAUGCACAGAUACACACAUACACACACACACACACACACACACACACACACACACACAUACACUUAAUGCACACUGAUUUAUAUUUAGUCAUUAUCUGUGAAAGCACACCAAUAUCUACCUGCACAGAUAUUCUCAGUGAGAAAAAUAUUAAUGGAAGUCUAUAUUUGUCUUUGUUUCCUUUUUUUUCAUGCCUUAAUUGAGUUAUUAGUAUAUUCUCAUGGUGCUGAAUGUCCUGCUGUAUGUUUACAACAAUGUAUCAACGUAGAGUGUUUGCACAUACUUUAUAUGGUAUAUGGCAAAUUAAUGGUGGAUAAAUGCAAACAUUCAGAUUCAAAGUUUACAGGCUCAUAUGAAAUUACCAGAAAACUGCAAAAAAAAAAAAAAGAUUUAAUUUCCAACAAGCACCAUAUUGUAGAAGAAUGUGUGCAAGUUAAAGCUAAAAGGCAUGACUUUUAAAAAAACAAAAUCAACUUUAUUGGUCAUGAUGAUGGAGGACAUUUGUGUGAUUGUGUUUGUAUGUUUGCACGUGUGCAUGUACGCAUGUGUGGCUGCGUGUGUGUGUUUGUCUGUGUGUAUGCAACAAAUGUGUGGUUGUGUAAAUGAACAAAUGUGUGUGUGUAUCCAUGAUUAUGUGCAAUAAAUCAUGAGCAAAGCUAUGACCCUUAGGAUGUGAACAAAGAGAAUGUGAACACAGAAUUGUUGGGGAGGACCUAAUCUUCUGAUUAACAACAGGAGGCUGCUGGACAUAACAAGAAAGCAAAUCAUAUGGAGCAGUUGUAACUAUGUGUAUAUGACAGGCCACUGUAAUACCACUGAAAUUGUAUCACUUCAGUUUUAAAGUGGGAAUUAAAGGGCAAUAUUUUGUGAAAACUUCAUUAUCAACGUCUCUGAAGUCACUGCAGGUUAACUAGCAUCUUAAAUUAGAAAUCCCAACAUGGAAAAACAACUACUGACAUGGGACAUCUCUUUGUGUCAGUUGUUUGUUUCACUGGAUGGCAGAAGUACUGCUUUUGGACAGCAUGCUGAAUGACUACAGAGACAGACAGCCUCUGGACUGAGUCCUGGACAUGUUACACUAUAUCUUGUGUCUCUCUUUCUCCUCAGGGCUUCAUGUCUCAUUUCCAAACUUGCUGGACAAAAAACAAUAAACCAGCCCUCAAUCAGCUGUUGUAUUAUGGGUGUUACAGUACGUAAAGAUUUAUGUCACUAAGUAGAUAGAGAACACUUUUAACUUUAUAUGGACUCCAGACUUGGACGGCUCCUUGGGCUUUGGGCUGUCUCCUCUUUCAUCUUCACUCCUUUUACACUAUUUGUGAGCCAGACAGAAGACAAUAAUUCUUGUGUAUUCAUGUACAUUUUUCAGGGAUGUAAAUACUAAUGUGUGUGAUUUGGGUUUUAGUCAAAAAGCCUCUUUUUUCUUUGGCCACAAUCAUCUGCCGGACAGAAAAUCAGCCAUUGUGAUAAACUCUUAGCGAGUUGGAAAGUUCCUGUAAAGAGAAGAUACAUGUAAGUGAACUUGUGUUAAUACUGUAUGUGUGUACACUGUACUGUACAUUUAUGAACAUGUGUAUAGAGAAAUAUUAGUAUUGUAUAAGAUUUAUAAUAUGUGUUAUUGUAUAGAACAGAACAGAAUCUGUAUUAAAACGGUGAUAUAAGAAUUGA